AUGAGUAGCGAAUUUAGUGGGUCAGGACACUGGUAUGAAUGUUCAAAUGGUUAUCUGUAUACUAUUGGUGAAUGUGAAGGAAUAAUGCAAGCUAGCAGGUAUCCUGAUUGUGGAGCAACUAUUGGUGGAAAUAGUCAUAAUCUAACUAGUAGAAACAAACUUAAUGUCAAAUUUGACACAAUAGGCAGUAGACCAUGA